CGAAGUGUAAUGUCAUAAUCUGCUUAUAAUGAUUUUGACUUUCCUAUACCCUCUAUUGGCCACGGUAGUGCUGGCACAGGAGUGGCAGAUGCAAAGUUCGGGCUUGGCAAGUCUAACCCAUUAUAACCUCCCGACUGGCUACGUUGGCAGCUGCGGCUGCGAGGGUGAAAGCAGCGGGAACUACCCUACUGCAGCUCUGAACCAGCUAGCAUUCGGCAGCGCCUACGUGUACGGUCCAGGCUGCGGGAGAUGCUUCAACCUCACUCUCCUGGACAGUUGGACAUCUACGCCUCCCUUCUUCCCAUCUUCUCACCCGAGUGUGAUCGUCAAAAUUACCGAUCUUUGUCCAGGAUCAAGCCCACACUGUCAAGCUACUGCAUCAAAACCUAAUGAAUUCGGCUACUAUGUGCACUUUGACCUCGCUUACCCCACUCCUGCGAUCCCGACAGGCUUCUUCCCCUCCAAUGCCUCAUACUACGGCUACACAGACUUCGGCGUGUGGAACAUCACCUACACCUCAGUGGAGUGUAUCCCCAACUGGGCGGGGAGCGGGAACGCAGGCGCAAUGGGGAGGGUGCCAGCCUUAGGCAGCAGUGCUUGCUGCCCUGGGGAACCGGGGGGAAACGACACCUGCCCGUCGUACUCUUCGUCGCAUGUUCUUCCUCCAAAUACCGCAGGCGGAGCUCCACCUCGCCUUGCCUUGCCUUAUCUCCUAGCCAUGGUGUCGGUAUGUCUCGUGCUGUUGGGGUUUUCAUGAGACGUGAGUUGGCUCGGUGAGAUCUUCAUAUAUGCG